AUGGCCCCCGACGCGCUCGCCUCGACUUCCCCACGUCCGGCCAUGUCUGCGCCACUCCCCGCCCCCGCCGAGCUCGCACCGGCCAUGGCCGCGACGGCCCUUGACGAGCUCUCCCCGGCCAUAGCCGCGACGCCCCCCGACGCGCUCGCGACGGCCGCACGCUGCCAUCCCCGAGGUCCUGCCAUGGCCGCGUGGGAGCUCGGGCCGCCGCGCCGCAUCACGAGCUGGUGCCACCGCGCUCGCGCCGCCCCCAGCCAGCCACGCGCCCACCACCGGCGCGCGAGAGCUCCCCGCGCGAGCUCCUCGCGGGAGGGAGCCAAGGCCGCGCCGGCCGCGCCAGCCACGCGAGCUCCGGCCGCGCCCGGGCCCCGCGCCGUGAGAGCCCAUCCUGAACGUACACCCGUCGUCCAAGAACGUCGACGAGGCACGGCGGUGCGACAGCAGCACGCGCAGGAGCCCAUCGACGACGCGCCAGACAGAGGUGGGCUCGGCGGCUUGCCGAGGUGGACCUGA